AUGAUCGCAAAUCUGCCACCAACAGAAAAGCAAGCCUUCUUCGGCCUGCUAGACGAGUACUUUGCUUCUCGACCACACCGACUCCCUGCAGCAGGUACGACUACACAAACACCAGCCGCAAGAGGAAGCUUAACAGACCGAGCGACCAACUCUGUAGGCAAUGCAGCUGGUGCAGCUGCAGGUGUAGCUGUGACCAACGCGCUACGCGAUCAGCUCACACGAACGGGACUCUCGUCGAAAGGUCCACCACCACCUGCUCCUUCGAGUAGCAGCAAACCCGGUUUUGGUGGUCCGGCUGGUCUUGUGAGCGGCAAAGCGAGACAGACCUUUGGAGGCCUCCAUAUCGGACCUAAAACACAGCCAACUACGCAGGUUCCUCCAACAAGGACCACUGCCCCGCAAGCAUCAGCGAGUAGAACACUUCCACCACCAACAAGAACAGGUGCAAGCGUUCCUACUUCCACCGGCACCGCUGCUGCUGUACCCGUCGUCGCUGCUGUGCCACCUGGCGUGACUGGAACCGCUCAAGUGCUGUACGACUACGGAGACGCUUCAGAUCCAGACGACCUUGAAGCAGUUGAAGGGGAACAGAUCUAUCUGACUGAGAAGAUUUCGGACGAUUGGUGGAGAGGAAUGUCGACAGACCAGAGUAGACAUGGGAUUAUUCCUACUGCUUAUGUCCGACAGCUUUGA